AUGGUUACCUCGCUUGUGAGCCUGAUAUGUCGCAACGAGGUCCUGCGAUCGCCGUCGUGGACUGUCGGAUGCUCCAUCGACGUCAAGCUGCACGAAUGCAACGGACGGACGUUCUGCAUUGAGUUUUGGGACGUUGGCGGGGCUGCCAAGUACGAGCGCACCCGGCAGCUGCUCUACGACCCCGCCAACGACAUUGCGGGCAUUGUGCUCGUCUACGAUCUCAGCAACAACAAGUCCUACACAAACCUGCGCCGGUGGCUCUCAGAGUUCCUCGCGGGUGCAAGCGCGGCUGUCCUGUCAUCGCCGCAGCCCCACUCGUCGCAGUCAACCGCAUCCGCGAGUCAGAGUCAGACGGCAUCCUCGAGCUUUGGAUUCUCGUUGUCCCCGUCCGGUGGGAUUACGCGCGGGCUGCCCGACGAUGAUGGGCAGCCGAAUUCGUCCUCGUCCUCGUCCUCGUCGUCGUCGUCGUCGUCGUCGUCGUCGGGGUUCUCUGUCAAGAGCCUCGUGCGGUCCAUGUCCGGACUCGAUCUCGAUGCCGAAAGACUCGCUGGAGAAUUCAAAAUCCCGAUUAGCAUUGUCGGGACCAAGAGCGAUCAGAUCACUGGCGAACACGCAAAGCCCGCCAAAUCAUCCGGCACCUUCAAUCCGUCCAGCGGAAUGGCGGGGCGUAGCGCCAAGCGAAGAUGCAGCUUGGCAGAUGAGCUCGGUGCUGAGGCCGUGAUUGAGGUGAGCUGCCUCGAGCCAUGUUUCACAACCGGAUCGGCGAAUGCUCAAAUGUUCAAGGCCUUCUUUGAUCGUAUUGUGGCCCCACGCGCCGGAUCCGUCGUACGAGACACUCGUCGCCGUUUCAUUCCGGCUGCGUUGUCAGGAAUGGACGUGAAAUCAAGAUAGUUCCCGCUUGCGUUUUUGUAUCGUUUCCAUAUUGUUUUUUGUUUCAUUUUUUUAUUUUCACUGAACAUUUUUGCAUCAUUAAAUGGGUCUUCGC